AUGAGGCUGACUAUUUCUAUGGUAGCUGGGACAGCAGUGGUACUGGGGAUGAGUAAUGGGGAAGCUUCCUGGUCCAGUCAGUCAUCCUCGGUGCCAUCCAACCUGGGACAAACUGUCUGGGCUAUAUGCUCUGGGAGCAACAGUGGCUAUGGCUGGUACCAGCAGAAGGUCCCUGGCAGUGCCCCUGUCACUGUGAUCUACUGGGAUGACCUAAAGACCCUCAGAUAUUCCUUCACAAUUCUCUGGUUUUGUGUCUGGCUCCAGAGGGUCACUGGUGUUCAAGCUGAGGGCAAGGCCGACUACUACUGUGGUAGCUUUGACAGCAGCAGUGCUGAUCUCAUGGUGACAACUGUCCCACAGGCAAGCAAGAUCUUGAGUGUCAAAAAGCCUGGUUUUGGUGCCUCAUUCCACUCCACCAGGAGCAGCAACAAUGCUUAUGGCUGGUACCAGCAGAAGGUCCCUGGCACUGCCCCUGUCACUGUGAUCUAUGCUGGUAACAGCAGACCCUCGGACAUCCCUUCGCGAUUCUCCGCAUCCACAUCCGGCUCCUCGAACACGUUAACCAUCACUGGGGUCCAAGCCGAGGACGAGGCUGUCUAUUUCUGUGGUGGUGAGGACAGCAGCAGCAGUGCUUAG